AUGGCACCUGGGCAGGGGAGUAAGAGAAAGCGCGGUGAACGAAGUUGGCCGAAUGAAUCGCCCAAUAGCGAAGGCCCACGACCCUCACCUCAUCGACCCGGUGCACUCAACAUGGCAGGACACGGCGGGCAUCAGUCGAGUCCCAUACGGGACCAGCAAGACGGGCGCGAUCGGUCCCGCCGACAAUCCAACCGUGGGUCUGGUGGUCGAAACAAUUCCCAACGCCGGUCCUACGACGGCCAGAAUUUUUCGAGCUCGCAACAGAGAGAAUCCAGCGCAAUGUCUCCUCCCCCGCCAGCUCAGCCCAAGGAUGCCCCAGAACCUUCUCAGGUCAAUGGCGAGUCCACGGGCAUCAAUCCUACAACCUCAUCUGCUCCCAACACCCCCGUUCUCCAAGCACAACCGCGACCUGCGUCCCGAUCUGGCUCCGAGGCCAUCGUCAGUCGCCCCGCCGGCCCGCCUCCUCCCUACGAUUACGAGUACAUCACGGAUAGCGCUGUCCAAGAGUGGUCGUCGACAGGAAAGCAAAAGGUCUUGGAAGAAGGAACCGCAGCCCGAUCACAGCAGGAUUUGUCGCGCCUAGCGUCGAUCUACCAGGAGCUCAUUCGGUCUGCGAUGUACGGUCGCCUUUCCCCGUCUGAGGCCGGUUCCGCAGUCAAAAUUAUUCUCGGAGGGACAGCUGCAUCGCAGGAUGUGGAUAUGGAGGCCGAGGGCCACCAAUCCUCGGGCGCGCAGUUUGACGCGCAUUCUUUAUUCCUUGAUACGCUUUCUAUCGUUACAGAUGCUGACACCUCCAAUCCUGCCCUCAAACCCCUCGUUUUCGCGACCUCAAUAUCCCCAGAUCUCAUGCGUCUCCAGCUUGAAACGCCGCUGUUGCAGUCAUUGGGAUUGGUUCGCGAUACCUUUGCGCGCAUGGGCAUUCGCAAGCAGACCAAUUUACUUUACCGACAAUCGAACUACAAUCUACUGCGUGAGGAGUCCGAAGGUUACUCUAAACUUCUCACAGAGCUUUUCACAACAAGCAACAAUGAGCGGCCAUCCAGCGAGGUGGUUGAAGACACAUUCGAAAGGGUGAAGGCCAUGAUCGGAGCCUUUGAUAUGGACGUUGGUCGAGUUCUAGAUGUGACAUUAGAUGUUUUCGCUGCCGUCCUUGUCAAGCAAUAUCGCUUCUUUGUCAAGCUUCUCCGUGCCAGCUCCUGGUGGCCUAAGGAGGAUCCGCUUUAUGCAGUGGAAGGGUCCCAACGCGCCUCGGGCCUGCCAACUUGGGCCCUGCCUGGAUCAUCGGGGUGGGUCACAACUGAAGAGGAGCGAUUGGAAACCAUGCAGGCGAACGAGCAACGUGAUCGAGACUUCUGGGAUCGUGUUCGUGAGGUUGGAAUUCAAGCUUUCUUUGAGCUUGGUCGCAAGCCACUUUCAGAAGAAGAAAAACAAAAGGUACUCCCUGAAGCCAACAGUCUCCCUGAAGAGGAAGAUGCGACCAAGGCUUGGGUUGAAGAGACGGGCACACUGCCACCAAAGGGUAACCGAGUUGCCGCACACCUCCUCGGUUUCAAACUGCGAUUCUACUCUUCCACAGCUCGGACAAAAUCCGAUGUCUUGCCCGAUAACCUGAUCUAUCUCGCUGCAUUGCUUAUCAAAGUAGGCUUCAUUUCGCUUCGUGAUCUCUAUGCCCAUCUUUGGAGGCCCGAUGAGUCCAUGGAUGAUUUAAAGUUGGAAAAAUUGACGGAGAAGGCGGAACGAGAGAAGGCCGCAAGACCUGGAGGUGGCGUCAAUGCUCUCAUGAUGGCUGGCGCUCUAUCAGAUGAUACAAUCCCACCACCUCGUAUUCGUGACUCGGAGACGAGGAUGGCCACUCCAUCAAAAGAUCAAGACGCCGACAAGCAAUCGACAAAGACAGAGAACGAACUUCCAGAGCCAAAGGAUCAAAAGGUCCUGCUCUUGAAGAGUCUUCUAGCCAUUGGUGCCAUCCCCGAGGCCCUCUUUGUCAUGAGCAAGUUCCCAUGGUUGAUGGACGGCUUCCCUGAACUUCCAGAAUUCAUCCACCGCAUCCUCCACCAUUGUCUCAGCAAGGUCUACGCUCCCCUUCGUCCUGAGAACCCUCCGAUGGACCCCCGCCAUGCCUUCCCUGGACAACAACAAAUUUUGAGCACCGACCAGUCCGGUGUAGCCAAGGGCAGGCUUCGACUUGUACAGCCCCCGCCACAGCGAGUUCUCCGAUGGGCUCAGCUGGACAAGGAAGAUACCAGUGAUGGCACCGACUACCGCUUCUACUGGGACGAUUGGGCAGAUAACAUUCCGAUCUGUCAAUCCGUUGACGAUGUGUUUGCCCUUUGCUCCUCCUUCCUCAAUCUGUCCGGCCACAAGAUUGGACAAGAUACAGUCUUGCUCUCAAAGCUCGCGCGCAUCGGUAAGCACAGUCUGACCAAUGACAGCUCAGAAGAGAACAGGACUCGCUGGCGAGACCUGUGCAAGCGCCUCCUUUUGCCUUCGCUCAGUUUGACCAAGUCCAAUCCUGGUGUCGUGAAUGAGGUGUUUGAUCUCAUUAGUCUCUUCCCUCGCGAGGUUCGGUACAAUAUGUACGCUGAGUGGUACUCGGGUCAGACGUCCAGACUGCCUGAUAUCAAGUCUGCCUUUGAUCAAGCAAGGGCCGAGACCAAGGACGUCCUCAAAAGGCUGAGCAAAACCAAUGUCAAGCCGAUGGCUCGUGCACUUGCCAAGAUUGCCUAUGCAAACCCGGGCAUUGUCAUAAAUGUGGCUAUCAGUCAGAUUGAGUCAUAUGAGAACCUCAUUGAAGUGGUGGUCGAGUGCGCACGUUAUUUUACCAAUUUGGGCUACGACAUUCUGACUUGGUCACUGAUCAACUCUCUUGGUCAAAAAGGAAGAAGUCGAGUCCAAGAGGGUGGCUUGCUCACCAGUCGCUGGCUGAACGCUCUGGCUGCUUUUGCUGGCCGAACCUUUAAGCGAUAUUCCGUCAUGGACCCGGCUCCGCUGCUUCAAUAUGUCGUAGAGCAGCUGCGCCGUAACAACUCAACAGACCUCAUUGUUCUGGAACAGUUGAUAAGUUCAAUGGCCGGCAUCAUCUCUGAUACGAAUUUUAAUGACAACCAAAUCCAAGCUAUGGCAGGUGGUGAGCUACUCCAGGCACAAACAAUUCUGCAGCUGCUUGAUAAGCGACACGAGUCGAAGACCACCUCCAAACGGUUGAUCAAGUCACUGACUCACACCAAACUCGCCGGCCAACUUUUGGUAGCAAUCGCCCAGGAACGACUCACGUGCGUCUACAACGAAGAAUCCACCGAGCUUAAGUUGCUCGGAAAUAUCUUCGAUGAGAUUCACCGCAUCCUUACUCAGUAUCUUGAUCUCCUGCGCAGCAACUUGUCGAUAGAUGAGUUUGACUCAUUUGUUCCCGACCUUGGCUCACUGAUCCAAGAGUUUGGCGUCCAGCCUGAAAUUGCUUUCUGGAUUCAACGUGCCAGUGUCUCCAAAAAGAUUUCUGAUUCCGAACGCUUGAAACAGGAGGCAGAGCCUUCUCCCAAAGAAAACCACCCUGCUGAAGAUGUGAAGAUGGAUAAUGCUGAUGACGGAGAGGUGACAGCGGAAUCUGGCCUCGAUGUCGAUAAAGAUGGGAAUCCUACAACCCCCUCGGUCAGCCUGGGCCCAUUGUCCGCGAAUCCUGUGAUGCAAGACUUGAUCGACAAUGUCAAGUCCGUCUUACCUGCCGACACGUGGGAGAUUGUGGGGCCGCAUUUCUACGCAACGUUCUGGCAACUCUCUCUUUAUGACGUGCAUAUCCCUGGAAGAUCUUACGAGGAUGAGAUUGAUCGACUGAAGCGCCGAGUGGUCAUGAUCAACAAUGAUCGCUCAGAUCUCAGCAUGGCUGGCACUAAACGUAAGGAGCAAGAAAAGAAGCAGAUCACUCAACUUCAAGAUCGGAUUCUUGACGAGAAUAAAAACCAUCUGAAGGCGUAUGAUCAGACUAGGAGAAGACUGCAGAAAGAGAAAGACCGCUGGUUCGCUGGCAUGCGUCUCAAACAUGAUGUGCUGAAUGUCGCUCUCCUCGAAAGAUGCUUCAUUCCCCGGUUGCUUCUGUCGCCGCUUGACGCCUUCUACUCUUUCAAAUUUUUCAAGUUCCUACACAGCUCCGGGACCCCCAAUUUCCGGACUCUUGGUUUGAUUGAUCAGCUGUUCCGUGAACAACGGUUGACGGCGCUCAUCUUCCUUUGCACUUCUAAUGAGGCUGAUAACUUGGGACGAUUCCUUAGCGAUAUCCUGCGUGAUCUUGGUCGUUGGCACGCCGACAAGGCUGUCUACGAGAAGGAAGCUUUUGGCGCCAAGCGAGAUCUUCCUGGCUUUGCAAAGAAUGUGGACCUCGAAGGUGUACCAACCAUGUUCUUGGAGUUUGAGGACUUCCGGCGUGUGCUGUACAAGUGGCAUCGCAUGCUCUGCCAAGCCUUGAAGACUUGUUUCAAUGGAGGGGAAUACAUGCACAUUCGCAAUGCGAUCAGUGUUCUCAAGGCUGUCGUCCAGAAUUUCCCGGCUGUCAAUUGGAUUGGCCGUGACAUGUUGACCUGUGUUAACAACCUAAGCAAAAAUGACGAAAGAGAUGAUGUCAAGAUUCCUGCCGCCUCAUUAAUUGGAGAUCUCAAUCGACGAGAGAAGAAGUGGAUGCUUCCACAGGAGUUUAGCCUCAUCAAGGUCCUGCCGGGUGACCCUGGACAGCCCAAGUCUGGUUCUCAACCGCCUAGAGGCUCCACUCCGACAAAUCUGAAUGCCGCGGCACCUGAAUUCCAGCCCACAGCCCUAGAGUCCAAUGAUAUGAAUCAAGAAGCUCCUGGCAAGAUUGAAGUCGAGGAUGGUGAGAUCGAAGAUGCGAAGAUGGCGGAGGCUGCCGAUGCUAUGCAGCAGCGCGCAUCAAGAGCCGAGAGUGUUCAAGGUGGAGCAACAAACUCUAUCGCCAUGGACACCAGUGGUGAUUCGACACACAUUGACCGCCAACCUGCAGAACAACGUAGCCAGGCUGAUACGCCGUCCGGCCCUCGAACGAGUUCCCGAGCUCCAGAUUCAGGGCGCAUUGCCGAUAUCCCGAAACGUCCAGAGCCUGAGCGCAUCAAUCCACGUGAGCAAGCGCGUCGUCCACGUAUCAGCGAGGGCAGAUUGCCCGCACGUCCUGAACCUGCGGAUGAUCGACGAGACAGACAUUCUGACUUUAACCCACGGACUCGUCAUGGUCCCGACCAUGGUCGCCCGUUCGACGGCCCUCCUGGAGAUGUCAGAGGCCAUGGCCGUCCCUCGGAGCGUGAGCGCGACUUCCCAAUGAGGCCAUUACCAGACGAUCCAAUGCGCGGCCCACCAUACCGUGAGGGUCGCUUGCCACGAGAACCAGAGUGGCCAAUGGAUCGCGGAGGACGCAUGCGUCCCUCUGAUUCAUUCCAUGGUCCCGAGCCUCCCGCUCGCCCUGAACUCAUGCCGGACUACCCUGACCGGCCUGGCAGCGGCCCCCGUCGUGGCGAACCAGCUCGGCCCGACAAGGAUGACCGACGGCCCUAUCCACCUCGCGGUCCCUCACCCCCACGAUCCGACUUGCCCAAUCGCCCAGAGCGAUUCCCCAAUGAUCGUCGCUCCGCCAGCUUCAACCAGCCACCUCCUCGCCAUGAUGACCUUCCAAGAGGCCCACGCAGCGAUCGUGCAGGUGCUGACCCAAGAGACCCUGCAACCGGCCCCGAUAUGGAGCAUGGCCGACUGCAGCCUCCGAAUGAUAUUCCAUCCGGGCCAGGUCGGGCCAGACGGGGUGGCCGUAAUGCCCCUGGUGCACAGCCUACUCCGGCCUCGACUAAUGGUAAAAUGCCUACUUCUGAUCAGCAAAUCCCAACUGGCCCUGGCCGACAAGGCGGACGUACAGGUCCUGCCCAGACUCCUGCCACACAACCACCAACUUCCGAGCGGGGCGAGGUCUCGGGAAUUCACCCCGAUCGACUCAAGCAAUUCGAAAGCCCUCUGUCUCAACCAACACCAAACACAGCCAUGAAUCCUCCCUCUGGUCCUCGUGGCGCACCUGGCGGACAACAGGGCUCUCGUGGGUCUGGCAAUGAGCGCGGGCGCAGUGACAAGCGAUUUGCUGGCCUCAACACCAUGUUGCAGCAGCAGACCACCAACCCUGCUGAUCGCGUCCCUGCCACUCCCCCAGCUCGCGGACGGGGUGCUAACCGACAAUCGAAUGCAGCAAAUCCUUCUCCCCAGACUGCGAAUCGUCCCCCCACUGGCCCAGCUGCAUCUGGAGAUGAUAAUAAUCCUCGCGGUGGAGGCAACGGUGGCCGAGGUGGUGACCUGAUGGAUAAUGCUUCUACCCCUGAAGCUCGCCGCUCAGGACGUGAUCGUGAUCGUGAGAAUCACCGUGAAGGCCGCGAUCGUCGUGCCGAUGAGUCCACCAACAGCGGUGGUACCAGUCGCCGUGAAGAACGCCGCGAGCGUGAUAGAAACCGACGCAGUGAUGUUGAUGGUGGUGCCAAUCGAGAAGAGAAGGACCGUGAACGCGAACGUCAUACCGAAUCCCGCGAGUCUAUGCGCCGCAAUCCUAGUUCGCGUGAAGAGGCCCGACGACGAGACCGUCGAGACCGCGAAGAUGGACCGCCAGUCCUUGAUGGCCCUACUCCUAGUGCCAAUGCCAACGCCAACAAAGAAAGUGAGGGCCGCAUUCGUCCUUCUUCUUCAAUGGGAGCACCGCCGCCCCCACCACCUCCACCUCCCCCGCCUCCAUUGCCCACUGACGACAACCCACGUCGCUGGAGCUCUGGUGGAGACCGUGGUAAUCGAUCUGACAACCGUGACCGGGAACGAGAGCGCCGAGGUGACCGUGGCCGUGAUCGUGACCACCGAGAGAGUGGCGGCGGCUCAAGCCAUCGCAAGCGUGGACGCCCCAACCCUGAAGAGAAUGCCGGUGGUGGUGAUGGAAGUCAGCGUGGCCCACGCUCGGGCAACGAUAAUAAGCGCCCCCGUCGUGGGCAGUGA